CUAUUUGUUUCGAACCACUCAGCCAGUACGUCAUCAAGUUUCGUCCUGUCAUUGGGAACGGUUCAUUUUAAGAGCUGAGUCGCACUUCUGUCCGUCAAACCCGUCCAAAACAGAACUUUUUAGAUGACAGUGGUCAUUGUACGGUACAGACGAUAUGCUUCCCCGGGCCGGCAAAGAGUUUGUGGUCCGUAUACGGUUCUCAUGGCGUCAGCUAUUCCAGGGUCGUUACCUCCUGCUCACCAACACUUUGAGCGGAGGAGGCAUGCUGGCGCUGGGUGACUUGCUGCAGCAGAGCCGGGAAAAGCACAAGGACCCGACGAGAAUCCGAGACUGGAACAGGACAGGUCGUAUGUUUGUAGUGGGCUGCUCCAUGGGUCCUGUGCUGCACUUUUGGUACACAUGGUUGGACAAAAGAUUUGUGGGGUAUGCCGUAGGCACAGUGGUCAAGAAGGUUCUGGUGGAUCAGAUGAUAGCAUCACCAACACUUGGCAUGUGGUACUUUUUAGGUAUGGGGGUCAUGGAAGGACGCUCUUUAUCCCACGGAUGGGAGGAGUUUAGAGAUAAAUUCUGGGAAUUUUAUAAAGCCGACUGGUGCGUUUGGCCCGCGGCUCAGAUGAUCAACUUUUAUUUCCUCUCACCCAAAUUCCGUGUUGUGUAUGUCAACACCAUCACCUUGGGCUGGGACACCUACCUCUCCUACCUAAAACACAGAGAUGACAGUCAGCCCUCGGAGCUGCUGUCAGAUAACAGUCUGGCAGAUGUGCAGCAGAAAGCUUUGCCACCAUCCAAACCUCUGGAGGAGAAAAGUGGAUGGUGAAGUUAGACGGCUGCUCUUGACCGUUGUCAAAACUGCUGCAGGUGGAUGUCAAACGUUUUGUUGGGACACCUUUUUUCAUAUUCAUUUUAAAGUGACUGCAUUCAUGAUGUCAGAGUAUUUGCACAGUGUGAUGGUGUCCCAUGUUUGUGCCAACAUUCCGAGAUUAAAAAUAUAGAAGACAACACCUAAGACAGAAGCACUCCUGCAUGUACUCCAAAGUAAGAAAUCCCAAAUUUGAUUGGUCACUGUGAAUAAAUACCAAGUACUUAACAUCCAUCCUUUACAUGCCAAAACCUUUGACCCAGAUCACCAGAGAAUUUAGUAUUUAUUUAUAAAUCAUUUCACUUGACAUUAGGGUUUGUGACUCGGAAAAUACUGACGUCGAUUUAAGUUAAUAUUUUUAUAACUUAUUCUACAGAGGUGCAUUUUGUUAUUUUACACCACACGAAAAUAUUAAUUUGAUCCAACAUGAACGUAUUUGCCCUGGCAUUGGUUGGCAUCGAUGGUGCAACCGCCUCUCGGCCUACGUCUGUUGAGACAGGCUCAACUCUUCUAUGCUGAAAGGGGAAGCAGGUUUACAUAAAAAAAUAUUUUAAAUCACUUUAAAAAAAAAAAAAUGAGUUUGUCUUAUCCGCUGAGAAAUUUUGCUGCGCUGUAUUGUUUUCAGUGUAGCAUGGUCGCCAUUUUUUAAAAAUCUUUUUUUGUGCAUGCACAUGCAGUAAUUGUUGUCGGAAAACAGUGCUUCAUUUUCCAUCAGUAUGGCCUCUCUUUCAACUCGAUAGCAAUCACUGCAUUUUUUUAAAAAGAUGAUUUGAUCACGAUAAUGUAGAGACUAGUCAACCGUGAAAGAAAAUUCCGUUCAUUAUCAGAUUAAAAUCUUGGAUAUUAGUGAUGCUUCAUUUGAGAUGUAAGUUAAAAAUGUGGGAAAGCUUGAUUUUGAAACUGCCGGUUUAUGACUAUUGCAAGAUAUCAUGAUGCACUCUUGCGGCAAAGUGUCACAAGACGACUUUGUCUCAUAAACUGCUCGAUGUAAUAGUUUGCCCCUGAAAAAUCUUUCGUGUCAUAAGAAAACUCUUGGCUUUGUGUUUUAUACAUUUAUAAAUAUCGUACUGUGUAAAAUAAAGAGCCAAAAUGUCA